AUGACCUCAGGAGCGACCACUCUGAAGCAGCCCCUGACGCUGCCUGCGCAUCACAGUACCAGCGGCAUAUUUUGGAAGACCAGAACAUUUGAGAACAUUUGGGACACAUGGAAGGACAUCACUUUCAAGGAUGUUUAUAAGUGGGCGAGUACACGCAAGUCGCACUGCGUGAAGGGCUACCUGAUGUCCACCACUACCCCCACGGCCGCAGAUUUUGCGGAAGCCUUUCCUCCAUACCCUGUGGACUGGAAGGCUCUUGCCAACCCUCCCAGUGAUGCCAUCCAGGCUGUCUGGGUGGGUCACUCCACUGUGCUUACCCAGAUGCAGGGGCUCACCUGGAUCACAGACCCGGUGUUCUCCGAGAGGGCUUCCCCAGUGCAGUGGGCGGGACCCAAGCGCGUCACGCCGCCUGCCUUCACCCUUGAAGCGCCUGCCCUCCCCCGCCUCGACUUUGUCCUCAUCUCGCAUAACCACUAUGACCACCUGGACCGGGCCAGCGUCAAGUCUCUGCAUGCGCGAUUCGGCGAGGCCUUGAGCUGGUACGUCCCGCUCGGCCUCGCCACCUGGUUCAGGGCCGAGGGCAUCUCGAACGUGCGGGAGCUGGACUGGUGGGAGGAGGCGCGGCACCCCUCGCCCGACGGCUCCAGCGUCCGCCUGGUGUUGACCCCGGCGCAGCACGCCACGAUGAGGGGGUUGUGGGGGCCCAACGCCGGGCGCCGGCAGACGCUGUGGGGCGGCUGGGCCGUGCUCGGCUCCCAGCGGCGGUUCUGGUUCGCCGGCGACACCGGCUACUGCACCGUGUUCCGGGAGAUCGGCGAGCGGCUGGGCCCCUUCGACCUGGCCGCCAUCCCCACCGCCGCCUACCUCCCCCGCGACUUCAUGCGCGCGCAGCAUGUGAAUCCAGCCGAGGCGGUCCGGAUCCACCGCGACGUGCGCAGCAGGCGCAGCAUGGCCAUCCACCUGGCUACCUUUCCCCUGACCGACGAGCCCAUGGACGAGCCUGUGGGGGAGCUGCGGCGCCAGGCGGCGGCCGCUGGUCUGGGGGACGAGGAGUUUGUCAGCCUGCGCCACGGCGCCUCCAUCGUGACGAGCGGUGGGGUCGAUCUGGUGGCCCCCGUCACGCUCUCUUGUUGA